UCCGAUGUCGAGGGAGUAGCGGCGCGAAACUUCCACCAGAGUAGGGGAGUCGGGAUAAUAAUUCGCGCCGGUGGACCCGCGAGGACUAUAUCAGCAGUUGCAUUUUCUCUGUACGCGGUACAACGAUUAUUACGCCCGGUCUAGCAGGAUGUUGCUCUUACUUCUGGUCGCUGUCUCCGCGCUGCUCUACCUAUUUUAUUCAUCGACUUGCAGGAAGCCCAAGGGUUUCCCUCCAGGACCAAAAUGGUGGCCGGUGGUCGGCUCGGCUCUGGAGAUAUCGCGGUUGCGAAAGUCGAGGGGAUGUUUGUACGAAACUCUUACGGUCCUUUUCGAGAAAUACGGUCGGAUAUUCGGCCUGAAGAUCGGGACGGACCGCAUCGUUGUUCUGAACGAUUACGAAACGAUUCAUUCGAUGCUGACGAACGAGGACUGCGACGGGCGACCGACGGGCCCGUUUUACGAAACGAGAACGUGGGGCGAACGCCUAGGAGUCCUGGUGACGGACGGUCCCCUCUGGGUGGAACAGCGUCGUUUCAUUUUGCGUCAUCUGCGGGAAUUCGGGUUCGGGCGCGUCACCAUGGCGUCGUUGGUCCAGGAGGAGGCGGUCCACCUGGUCGACCACCUGCAGAAAUUAUUCGAAGCCAAGGACGAUCCGGGGACGAAGGAGCCCCGGGCGGAGGGCGACGCAGCCGAGGUGGCCAACAGCGGACAGAUAUACCAACUGGGCGGCGGUGAUCGUGGGAAAAAAAGGAACCGCGCUACCGAAGAUUUGAACGCCGUAGCGGACGACGCGCCCGGUUUAAAGGGCGCCUUGAAAAUCGAGGACAUGUACGUGAAGCCCGAGACGUACGACGAGAUCAGAAAAUUGUCAAGAUCAUGCGGAGUCAUCGUGCCCGUCCACGACGCCUUCGGGGUCUCCGUUUUGAACACGCUCUGGGGAAUGGUCGCUGGCAAAAGGUACAGAAACGACGACAGGGAGUUGAUCUACCUUCAGAGUAUACUGACCAAAUUAUUCAAGGACAUCGACAUGGUCGGUUGCCUGUUCAGUCAUUUUCCAACUCUGAGAUACGUCGCUCCUGUAAUGUCAGGAUACAAACAAUUCGUCGACAUACACCGGCAGCUCUGGGUAUUCUUGAACAAAGAGUUGGAUAAUCACAAAGCAACUUUCAAUCCGAACCAUCUCCGGGAUUUAAUGGAUGCUUACAUAAAUAUACUGCAAACGGAACACGGUGAAAGUUAUUCAGAAACUCAGCUGCUGGCUACGUGCAUUGAUUUGUUCAUGGCUGGUUCUGAAACGACCUCCAAAAGUUUGAGCACAUGUUUCCUGUAUCUGGUGCUCUACCCGAGUGUUCAGGAGAAGGCACAGAAAGAGAUCGACGAGGUCGUCGGCAGGGAUCGAACCCCAACGCUCGCAGACCGACCCAGAAUGCCGUACAUGGAUGCAAUCGUUCUCGAAUCACUGAGGAUGUUCGCGGGAAGGAACAUGAGCAUUCCACACAGAGCUCUGAGAGACACGAUCAUUGCUGGCUACCGGAUACCAAAGGUAAUGCUUCUCGUGCGAGGAGCACCUGGUUGGAAUGAUUCUCAAGCGCGUUUCUAUUUCCAGGAUACCAUGUUGGUCCUGAACUUCAACAGGUUGCUGAUGGACGAAUCAUGGGGGGACCCGGAGGUUUUUCGACCCGAAAGAUUUAUCAACGACGAAGGAUCCAUCACCGUGCCGAGUCGAUAUAUUCCUUUUGGACAUGGCAAGCAUCGGUGCAUGGGCGAAUUGUUGGCGAAAAGCAACAUUUUUCUACUCACAGCUGCGCUGCUGCAAAAAUUCAAAUUUUCGCCAGUACCAGGUGAAGAUAAACCCUUGGUCGAAUUCGUUGACGGGGUUACGGCGUGCCCGAAGCCAUACCGGGCCCUCGUUACCUUCAGAUCUGACCAUUGAUCGGCUCACAGAUAACUAUGAAGCUGCAUUUAAUCGUCUCGUUGGAUUGAAAACUAAACGAGUAGUAAACCCAAAGUUACGGCAAUUGGGAAGCGCGCUAAAACUAUCGAACGAGAUUCACAGAUGAAGAUAUUCAUUUUCUUUCCAAGUGACGGAGACAAACGAUGAUCGCUCGUUUUUUUUUUUACCUUUUUGUUUCAACAAAAAUACGUAUGCAUACACAUUUUACAGGCAGUGUGUCCAAUCUAAUCGUUUCAAAAUCAUGCCAAGAAAUUUCAAAGCAGCUGCACCGAUUCGAUUAUUUUUGCCAUCGUACAGACUGUAACGCAGGAAGGCAUGUUUACCCGAAUAUACCUUUAAAAAUUCAUAGACGUGAAUAGAUAUCUUAAAAUCUAUCUUGUUAGUUAUCGAGAAGAGAUUAGAGAAAAAUAAAUAAAUUGCAAAAAAAAGACUGUAGAGUUCGUGCGGUCGAUAAAACAUCGCUGUACAAAAUUAUUGUAAAAUAAAAAAAUAUGCAAGA